GUGGCUAUGGAUUCAUAGCACAAGAUAUCACAUUCCAGAACACUGCUGGGCCAUCGAUGCACCAAGCAGUCGCGACUAGUAUUUCAGCUGACCACGCUGCGUUUUAUCGAUGCAAGUUCGAUGGGUAUCAAGAUACACUUUACACAAAAGAAGGUGUCCAAUUUUUCAGAGAUUGUGAUGUCUAUGGUACUGUGGACUUCAUAUUUGGUGAUGCAAAGGUCAUACUUCAAAAUUGCAAUAUAUAUGCUAGAAGACCUGAUGAUCUUCAAAAUGUAGUGGCAAUAACUGCCCAAGAAAGAAACUACAAAGAUGAAGAUACUGCUAUUGUCCUUCAAGGUUGCACAAUAAACGUCACACAAGAUUUGCGCGAACGUGUACCAAAGGUACAAGUCUUCCUCGGAAGGCCUUGGAAGAACCACUCCCGAACGAUCAUCAUGUCAAGUUGUUUAGAUGGAUUUAUUGAUCCUGAAGGUUGGGUUGAAUGGAAUGGGAAUAUAGAAGAUAUAUAUUUUGGUGAAUAUAACAACAUAGGGCCAGGAGCAAACAUAACAGGAAGAGUGAAGUGGGCAAGAAUACUUUCAGAAAACGAUGUUUCUAAUUUUACUGUUCGAAAUUUUCUCAAUGGACACGAAUGGAUCCCUGCUGAAAUUCCAAAUGCUCUUGAUCUACUUUAA